CAAACGUGCACAGAGAUGUUACGGUAUGUUGGGUCUUUUUGCAAUGGUAAUGCUCAGGGUCUCCAUGUCAAGCAGCAUCGACACGACUCAAGCUGAGAAAUCCAUGGCACCUUAUUACACACUUGACGAUGAGAAAUCACUUUUGAAGCGAAUGGACAGAGGAAACGCUGCUGUUCAAUGCAGUAGAUCAGCUGAUGGGUGUUUCUAACCAGGGCUGUAGAAAACUUCUUCUUAAAGAAUGACCUCUGUAUCUAACGGGAUCCUGCGGCCUAUUGCCAUUUCCAUCCUGUUGCUGUGGUGCUUUGCUACCAUAUUUUUCAUGUAUAUUAAACCCAGUAAUAUUGGCUUAUCUUGGCCUACUGAGCCCGCAACAACUACCACUAAAGUGAAAAUUGUAACACCAGCAAAAAAACAAGAAAGUCAGACUGUGAUUCUAAUCUGGCUUUGGCCGUUUGGUCAAACAUAUGACCUGAACACUUGCAGCACCCUAUUUAACAUUAAGGGCUGCACCCUGACUGCUGAUCAUUCUCUUUACAACAAGUCAAGUGGAGUAGUGAUCCACCACAGGGACAUCAGCCGAGAUUUAUCCAACCUGCCCCCUUCUGACAGACCAGCCUCCCAGAAAUGGAUCUGGAUGAACCUGGAGUCUCCUUCUCAUUCUCCCAAAAUUCCAGGAAUAGAGAAGCUUUUUAAUUUGACCCUAAAUUACCGCAAGGAUGCCGAUAUUCAGGUGCCUUAUGGGUCAAUUGUAUCCAUCAGUGAGGGGGAGGAUUUUGUAUUGCCUGCUAAGACUAAACUGGUUUGCUGGAUAGUAAGCAACUGGAAUCCAGACCAUGCCAGGGUGAAAUACUAUAACGAACUGAGUAAGCACAUAGAAAUACACACAUAUGGCCAGGCUUUUGGUGACAACAUUGUAGACAAAGAUUUCUUCCCCACUAUUGCUACCUGUAAAUUCUACCUGUCAUUUGAAAACUCUAUCCACAAAGACUAUAUCACAGAGAAAUUGUUCAAUCCUUUAUCAGUGGGGUGUGUUCCAAUUACUCUUGGCCCAGCGCGACAAAAUUAUGAGAACUUUGUGCCCGGAGAUGCAUUUAUACAUGUGGAUGACUUUUUGUCCCCAAAAGAGUUGGCAAAUUACCUUUUGUUGCUGGAUAAAAAUGAAGUGCUCUAUCUGCAGUAUUUUGAGUGGAGAAAGCAUUUCAAAGUAAAGCUCUCCUACUUUUGGGCUGAGCAUACGUGUCGUGCCUGUGAUUACAUACAAAGGCAUAAGGAAUACAAAGCUUGUAACGACCUGGAUUCUUGGUUUUGGGACUAA